UGCUGCUGCUGCUGCUGGUCGUGGACAGGACUUGUCUUUUAUCUGGCUGUGUGUGUGUGUUGACACGCAUUUCUGCUCCAUCUCCUUGAUUAAGCCGGCAGCCUGAGGGGGAGUCGCAGCGGCAGUUAGUGGGGGGCUGGGCAGGCAGGCAGGCAGGCAGGCAGACAGACAGACAGACAGUCAGGCAGGCAGAGGAAUGAGAGCGGACCGAGCCGCGGCAUCUUCAUCAUGCAGCAGACCACCACCAGCAGUCCAUUUUAUACGAUUAUAUGAGCCGAUGAGCGCCAGUUUGUCUGUAUCUUGCAACCGGACAGCAGCAGUGUGCAGGCCCGGCGAUGACAGCAUAGGCCAACGCCUCGCUGCAGCUACAUAACAGGGAAUGAAAACGCGCCCAAGAUGGUCCGCAUCGCCAAGGCCCUGGGUUUGGUUAUUCUGUGCGUCGCUGUGCUCAUACUGUCGCUCAUCAGCUAUGUGUCCCUGAGAAAAGACAGCUUCUUCGCAUCUUCUAAAUACUACAUGGGAGGCCCGAGGAUUAUGUUCCAUGCAGGAUUUCGGUCUCAGUUCGCAAUGAAUUUCCUGGACCCCUCUUUCAUCCCCUUAACUAAUGCCCUGAAUGAGGAGCUCCAAGGAAAACCGUUCAAAUGGAAGUUCAACAAGACUGCUUUUCAUCAGCAGAGGAAAGAUAUCUUCAGCUACAUUGACAUUCCCAACAACUUCUCCCUCACAAAAAACAGCGUUCAUGUCGGCCAGCUCAUGCACUUUGACUACUCCAGCCACAAGUAUGUCUUCUCCAUCAGCAACAACUUCAAAUCCCUGCUCCCAGACACUUCUCCUAUCCACAACAAGCAUUACAGUAUAUGCUCUGUGGUGGGCAACAGCGGCAUCCUGACAGGCAGUCACUGCGGCCCAGAAAUCGACCAGGCCGACUUCGUGUUCCGAUGCAAUUUCGCUCCCACAGAGGUCUACUCCAAGGAUGUCGGCAAGAAGACCAACCUGACCACCUUCAACCCCAGCAUCCUAGAGAGGUACUACAAUAAUCUGCUGACCAUUCAAGACAGGAAUAAUUUCUUCCUCAACCUGAAGAAGCUGGAGGGAGCUAUCUUAUGGAUCCCUGCCUUUUUUCUUCACACGUCAGCCACAGUAACCAGGACCCUGGUGGACUUCUUUGUGGAGCACAAGGGCCAACUGAAGGUUGAACUGGCCUGGCCAGGAAACAUCAUGCACAGUGUCAACAAAUACUGGAAGUCUAAAAACCUGUCUCCUAAACGUCUCAGCACUGGAAUCCUCAUGUACACACUGGCCUCUGCCAUGUGUGAUGAGAUCCAUCUCUACGGGUUCUGGCCUUUUGGCUGGGACCCCAAUACGGGUAAGGACCUGCCUUACCACUACUACGACAAGAAAGGGACCAAAUUCACUACCAAGUGGCAGGAGACCCACCAGCUGCCCAGCGAGUUUAAGCUGCUCUACAAGCUGCACAGGGAAGGCGUGAUUAAACUCAGCUUGACGCACUGCACUUAGACGUGCUAUGAGUGCUGGAUUGUUUAUGAGAUGACUCCAGAGAACGUGACCCAAAUACAUCAGUUCAGUUCAAAACUUCUGUUGUGACCCACAAUGCAUGAGUGUUAAAGCAAUUUAUGACACCCUCAUUCUACAAACACACUCACAUCACGCUGUAAUUUCACAUGAAGAUGUCAGGUUUACUCGGGACCUAAAUCACAGACUUACCACAGCAAUGUUGCUCAUGCGGUAUAUUUUUGUCUUUGGUACUACAGUUUUAUGCUGCUCAUUACUCUCCUUUGCAUGGCUACCUGCCAUGGCUAAACACCUUGAACAAAACAUAUGUCUGUUUUAACUGGAGUUAACAGGGGGUUCAGCUGUGCAAACAGUUAAACUGUUUAACACAGUAUUGAUUGAUUAAUCACCUUCUACAACAGUAUACUGAUUCUGUACACUGAAAUCACUGCCUAAUCUCAGGGAAGGAGUUAGAUCAGUGUGUUUUUGUAAUCAGAUUCAAUGCAUCGGGAGAGGUGCAGUUCCUGUUUUCAGCCCCCCCCCACCCAUGAGGUAUCAGACAAUCUGCACUGGAAGAUGGUAUUUGUUUACCAGCCUGUGCUCUCUCAGUGUAUAUGCUUGUGUGUCUUUUAUUCUCUGCAGACAGUGUGACUGUCCACUUCAAAUUUUGUUAAGAUUCUUCAAAGUUUUGGAAUAACAAUCAACAUUCCAACAAUAAGCCAUAUAUUCACGGACAUACGAUAGUAUGUUAUCAUUACAAUACUGAAUUUUAGAAAGUGGUACCAGCCUAUAUCAGGUUCUGAGACUAUAAGACAUUUGAAACAUCUUCCGACAAGACUACAUGUCCAUAGCCUCACUAGCGGCUACUUUCGAGUCACAGGGUUUCGAUUUUCCAAAAAAUAAAUACCCGAUGAUCUUGUGAAAACUCAAAUUGUCAAUUAACAGCACUGUUUUGAAGGUAUUUUAUAUCUGCAUCACUGCUUUGUCCCCUCGUUUCUAAAGUUUCUUUAUAUUAUAAUUAUGACUGGUAAAUAUCUGAUAACCUGUUAUUUGGCCAUUUAGUUACCAGCAACAUUUUGUGAUUUGAAGUGCAUUAUAUUAUCAAAUCUCCCAAAUUUGCAUUAUAACAUAUUUUAGAUGUGUUAGCCUAAUUCUAUAUUGUCUCUUAGAAUACUUUAUUUUUGUAUCCCACUUUUCCUGGCAAGACAUGGGUUGGGGUUGCCAAGAAAAUCAAUGGGAUCCAUAAUAAUGCCACUUUUACUCUUAGUUUUCAAUCUAAACAGGUCAUGGACUAGCAAGCAAGUUAGGUUUGUCAGUUGGUUCAGUUAGCUACACAACCUGUCAGUUUAACUGUAAAUAAAUGAGCAAUCAUUAAUAAGUAUAAUUUAAUUUAUCUAAGAACUUGUUUUUACAGUGAAACCUGUUUUCAUUUAACAAAACUAGUGAAUCAAUGGAAAAUGGAGAAACUGUUUUCUAAUUUUAACCAAUAAUGAGACAAUAAAUAAAUACAUAAAUAAAUAAGUAAAAAAAAUAAUGUUUGACCAGAGGGUACCAGACUAUGACCAUGUGACCUAAAUCACUGCGCUAGUGUGGCUAAAAAACAUCAGGAAAUACAACAUUUUGGACACAGUUUCUUCAGUUUCUUACCACUAAAUUUAUCUUGAGGUUUACAAGUAUUUUAAUUAAAAUACUAGAGAAGAGAAUACACUAUUUAUUACAGAACUUUUGUUAACUUGGACAAAGUUAUUUAUUCAUCAUGUAAUCAUAUCAUAUCAUAUAUUCCAAUAUUUGUGACAUAAAACAGAGAAAUGAAUGAUAUAUGACUUAACAGCAUCUUGUGAAGAGCAUGAUCCAUUUAAAUUGCAUUGCAUGUGAGACACUAAGAAAAAAAAAGCAAAAAAAAAUAGGCUAGUUUUUUUACGGACCUUUUUGAAGAUUGUUUUGAGGGUAAAAUUUUGUUCUUUGCUAUUCUUUAUAUUCCUGAUGGUGUAUUCCUUGAGAAUAUCAGCAGUGUCUUUGUAUAAGAGAUGUCUGAAGGCUAAAAAACAACCCUACUGCUAUAUUCCACAUGGGACCAAACCUCUACAACUUCAAAAUGAGCAAGCUUUAUAUUUUAUAUGUAGAUAAUCUUGGGUUCUCAAAAAGAGUCCACCCAAACAUUGCCAGACUGAAGAAGACUGGUGGAUAUGGGGUUCAGGACAACUGGCCUAAGCAGUGAAAGCCGGCCACAUGAUCACCUCAUGACUCUGCAACACGUGCUCCUUGCAAAUUCCGGUUCAGGCUGAGGUUUAAUACACAGAGCAGUGCAGUCAUUUACACUUACCCGAUGAAGUGUAUGCUUUUGUGUCAGAUUUAGUGUGGUAAGCAUUUGCUUGCCAUCCUGACCCACAAAAAGCAUUUCUUUUUGUCUGUCUCCUCAGGCAAAGAGGAAUAUUUCAAAUAGUAAACUUUUAUGUCUUGUCUCGAAAUCACAUUGCAGUCACCACAACAACCAUGAAAACACAUAUCCACUGAAAAAGAUGGAAAAGCUGAGUUUAGGGUCAUUUAACUGAUGUCAUAAAUGUCUACAUUUAGAAUAAUUUCUAUAGUCUCUUUAUUAGGAAUGUUUUGUGCACCAAAGACUACGUGUUCAGAGGAGAAAUGUUACUCUAGAUUGGCAGACUGAGACGGGCUUUUGGAAGGACAACUAUAAAUAUUACUGUAGAAGAGUAUCUCUUUUUUGAUGUUGAAUUUGAUGUUGAGUAUCACUUUCUGUGGCACAAAAAUAAUUUAAAACUUUUGUUUUUAUGGCAUCAGCCAAAGUAAUCCAGUGUAAUUUACUUGUGACUCCAUGAAUGUCCUCCUAUAGAUUAAUUUGUUUGAAAAAUACACUGGCACUGACAUGAAUGCUGGACAUUUUCCUCCUUCCAAAGGUUUCUCAUGAUUAUUAUAAUAAAGUCAAUAGGUAGAAUGUGUGUUAACGAUAAUGAUGCUAACAAAGUCUGUGUAGAUUGUAAUUACAGUCAGAGUAACAUCAUAGCUUUUUGUGCAUUACAUUUAAAGGACACAACAGUGACAUACAUAACCUAAACAUAAAAUGUCUUUAAUCAAAAUGCAGCACUAUACAGGAUUCGCUCCAACAGCCCUUUAACAUUCUUGUACUUGUGUUUGAUCUGCAUGGCAACUUUCCAUAAUGCAUAAAAAAGCUUGGCCGCUUAUGUACUUGUCGUAUAAAAGUCAAAAUCAUGUAAGGGACUUCGCUAUGUUGGUUGUUCUAACAAAAACCAUCAUCCAUAGAUAUACAUACAUAGAAAGUACAAGAAAUACAACCAUGUUUUAAAUGUUUUGUGAUUAUACGCCAUGAUAAACAUACGUUAUGUGCCUGCAUAUUCCUUCCAUCAAUGCCUAAAUGUGUCAAAUAAAAACAGUAUUUUUCUCUAAUAUGACA